AGACCGGAGUUACUCCUGCUGGCGGCGGCGGAGGAAGCGAGCCUGCCCUAACUAGCACUCAUUGUAAACCGAGCGGGGAACUGGAGCGGGCGGCGGCUCCAGAAGGAUGCACGGGGGCAUCAGGAAUUCUGAAUCACUGUGGGGUUGGGAGAGGAAGCAGGAAGAAUGAGAUAUCCAGGGCGAGGACAGGAUACCUUCCCAGCCAGGAUUUAGUGUCUCGAAAGAAAGAUAGUAAGGAUUGCACCAUGGCUCCGAGAAAAAGAAGUGGGCGAGGGAUUUCUUUUAUCUUCUGCUGCUUCCGAAGUAAUGAUCAUCCAGAAAUCACGUAUCGGCUGCGGAAUGACAGCAAUUUCGCCCUGCAAACCAUGGAGCCUGCAUUACCCAUGCCUCCGGUGGAGGAGCUGGAUAUUAUGUUUAGUGAGCUUGUGGAUGAACUUGACCUUACGGAUAAGCACAGAGAAGCCAUGUUUGCCCUCCCAGCGGAAAAGAAAUGGCAGAUCUAUUGCAGUAAGAAAAAGGACCAAGAAGAAAAUAAAGGGGCCACGAGUUGGCCUGAAUUUUACAUUGAUCAGCUUAACUCCAUGGCUGCUAGAAAGUCAUUGAUCGCUUUGGAAAAAGAAGAUGAAGAGGAACGAAACAAAACUAUAGAGAGUUUGAAAACAGCACUAAGGACCAAACCUAUGAGGUUUGUAACUCGAUUCAUUGAUCUGGAUGGCUUGUCAUGCAUUCUGAACUUCCUGAAGAGCAUGGACUAUGAGACUUCAGAAUCUCGAAUCCAUACCUCUCUCAUUGGGUGCAUCAAAGCCCUGAUGAACAACUCUCUUGGGAGAGCCCAUGUCCUGGCCCACUCAGAGAGUAUUAAUGUAAUUGCUCAGAGUCUGAGCACUGAAAACAUUAAGACUAAGGUGGCGGUGCUGGAAAUCAUGGGCGCUGUGUGCCUGGUUCCUGGGGGUCACAAAAAGGUACUAGAGGCCAUGGUGCACUACCAAAAAUAUGCCAGUGAACGGACUCGCUUUCAGACAUUAAUAAAUGAUUUGGAUAGAAGUACGGGACGAUACCGAGAUGAAGUAAGCCUCAAGACCGCCAUUAUGUCUUUUAUCAAUGCUGUUCUCAGCCAAGGGGCUGGAGUGGAAAGUCUGGACUUUAGACUCCACCUUAGAUAUGAAUUCCUCAUGCUUGGAAUUCAGCCUGUAAUUGACAAGUUAAGAGAACAUGAAAAUUCCACAUUAGAUAGGCAUUUAGACUUUUUUGAAAUGCUCCGAAAUGAAGAUGAGUUGGAAUUUGCCAAAAGAUUUGAAUUGGUUCAUAUAGACACAAAAAGUGCAACCCAGAUGUUUGAACUCACAAGAAAGAGAUUGACUCAUACAGAAGCUUACCCGCAUUUUAUGUCUAUACUUCACCACUGCCUCCAAAUGCCUUAUAAGAGAAACGGCAACACCGUCCAGUACUGGUUACUGCUGGAUCGUAUUAUACAACAAAUAGUUAUUCAAAAUGAUAAAGGGCAGGACCCUGACUCAACACCCCUGGAGAACUUUAAUAUCAAAAAUGUUGUCCGAAUGUUGGUUAAUGAAAAUGAAGUGAAACAAUGGAAAGAACAAGCAGAAAAAAUGAGAAAAGAACACCAUGAGCUACAGCAGAAAUUGGAAAAGAAAGAGCGAGAGUGUGAUGCCAAGACCCAAGAGAAGGAGGAGAUGAUGCAGACCUUGAAUAAGAUGAAGGAGAAGCUUGAAAAAGAACUCUCUGAGCAUAAACAAGUGAAACAGCAAGUGGCAGACCUCACGGCACAGAUCCAUGAGCUUAGUAGGAGAGCAAUAUGUGCUCCAGUCCCUGGAGGACCCCCUCUGCCACCCGGUGCCCCUGGGGGGCCCUUACCUACAGGGUCUCUAGGAUCUUUCCUGCCAGUUCUUCCUCCACCCCCUCCUCCUGGAGCAAUCCUGCCACCCCCUCCCCCUCCACCCCCUCCUCCUGGGGGCCCACCCCCUCCCCCAGGGCCCCCACCAAUUGGAGGCCUGACUCCAGCUCCAGGAGCUCCUUUGGGAUCAGCACUCAAGAGGAAAAACGUCCCUCAACCCACACAUGCCCUCAAGUCCUUCAACUGGUCCAAAUUGCCUGAGAACAAGUUGGAAGGCACUGUGUGGACUAGCAUUGAUGAUGCCAAGGUAUUUAAAGUGCUAGACCUUGAAGACCUUGAAAGAACAUUCUCUGCUUACCAAAGGCAACAGGACUUCUUUGUGAACAAUAACUCCAAACAGAAAGAAGACUCCAUUGAUGACACACUGAGUUCCAGGCAUAAAGUCAAGGAGCUUUCAGUAAUAGAUGGUCGAAGGGCUCAGAACUGCAAUAUUCUGCUCUCAAGGCUUAAACUAUCAAAUGAUGAAAUUAAACGUGCAAUUUUAACAAUGGAUGAACAGGAGGACCUGCCAAAGGAUAUGCUUGAGCAGCUUUUAAAAUUUGUUCCUGAAAAAGCUGACAUCGAUCUUCUGGAAGAACACAAGCAUGAGUUGGAUCGGAUGGCCAAAGCUGACAGAUUUCUCUUUGAAAUGAGCAGGAUAAAUCAUUACCAGCAAAGGUUGCAGUCCUUGUAUUUUAAGAAGAAGUUUGCUGAGAGAGUUGCUGAAGUUAAACCAAAAGUUGAAGCAAUUCGAACUGCUUCCACCCAAGUAUUCCAGAGUAAAAGCCUGAAGCAGCUGCUUGAAGUGGUUUUGGCUUUUGGCAACUACAUGAACAAGGGUCAGAGAGGGAACGCUUAUGGCUUUAAAAUUUCUAGCCUGAACAAGAUUGCAGAUACCAAAUCCAGCAUUGACAAGAACAUUACCUUGUUGCACUAUCUCAUCACAAUCAUAGAAAAAAAAUAUCCCAAAGUAUUCAGCUUACAUGAAGAAUUAAAAGAUGUCCCUGGAGCUGCCAAAGUAAAUAUGACUGAACUGGAGAAGGACAUUGGCAACUUGAGGAGUGGGCUCAGGGCUGUGGAGACAGAACUAGAAUACCAAAAAUCCCAGCCUUCCAAUCCAGAGGACAAGUUUGUUUCUGUGGUUAGCCAAUUCAUCACUUUGGCCAGCUUCAGCUUUUCAGACGUAGAAGAUCUUCUAGCAGAAGCCAAAGAACUGUUUAUCAAGGCAGUGAAGCAUUUUGGAGAAGAUUCUGGCAAAACCCAACCAGAUGAGUUCUUUGGCAUCUUUGACCAGUUCCUUCAAGCUGUAAAUGAGGCUAAACAAGAGAAUGAAAACAUGAGAAAGAGGAAGGAAGAAGAAGAGCGACGGGCACGCAUGGAAGCUCAGCUCAAGGAGCAGCGAGAAAGGGAGCGCAAGGCUAGGAAGGCAAAAGAAAGCAGUGAAGAAGGUGGGGAGUUUGAUGACCUGGUCUCCGCUUUAAGGUCCGGAGAAGUCUUUGACAAAGACCUUUCUAAAUUGAAGCGCAAUCGCAAACGCAUCACGAAUCAGCUGGCAGACGGGAGUCGUGAGAGACCCAUCACAAAACUCAACUUUUGAACAUUGUCUUUUUAAAGAGUGUUAGGGGGUGGGUGGGGAAAACCUGACCAAUAAUCUGGUUUAAAACCUGGUCUUUUUUCCUUUUUCUUUGCCUUCUGCCUUGGUGGUCACUCAGUGGCAUAUUUCCUCCCCCACCCUGCAUGUCUGCGUGAGCGGGUGGUUAAAGGAAGCAUGCGUGUGUGGGUGUGUAUAUGUGCUGUAUAUACAAAUCUCUUUGGGUGGAUGGAGACCAAAAGGGUGUGUGUAUGCGUGGACACACUUGUAAGCACGCCCGGUGGCUAACUGCUUGAAUGAAUGCUCCCCUUUCUACCGAUUAUAGUGGCAUUCCACAAGCAGCUUCUCCAUUUCAAAAGCACAAACGUUGGAGAGGGAGGCCGAUAAGAGGCAGAAGCACCCAGGGAGGGAAAUGAGGGAGGCUGAAGAGUAGCAUUCAGCUUGGCUUAUUGGGGUCCUUGAGGCCGAUCUUGAGGAGAAACUAGGAAGAGAGUUGUGCAGGAUGACCUGAGAUCAUCAUGACCAGGAUGGACCCACCUUGACUGACUCAUCACUGCUGGGAAUACAGUGGCAAAAAGCCCAUUAGAAACUUGUCUUGUUCAGCCUGAACUGUAUUGCUCGGGAGAAAACAGUUCUUAUCUUCUGUGUCUGUUAUUACCUAAAACUUGAACAUCCCUUGUAAUUCUUGUGCUGGCUCCCUUUAUUCCCUAAUCUCUCUUUUUUUCAUUCUUUCCCAGCACUUUUGGACUCCUUGGGGAGCUUUUCAUUACUGUAAUAAUGCAUCUAUAGAAUUGAUUUGUUUCUUUAUUGAAGACCAAUGGGGUGUGGGGAGGGGGGGGGUAUGCUCUCUCUCUCUCUCUUUUUGAAAAAAAAAAAAGAAUCUAUGUGUUCGUUCUGUUUUGUUUUGAUUCCCUGUCCAAAUAAGACAAACUAUAUUCUCUGUAAACGUAGGUCAGAAGUUACUCUGGGCCAGUUCCGUUUUGUAACAGUGGUCUAAUCAGCAGUAAUUCCAGAAGAGCCUUGAGGGGGGGGUUGGGGCAUACCUGCAGAUAUUGGGCACUAUGUGUAAUCCUCCAUACAUGCCCACUAAAGUCUUCAGAGCUAAAUUUGUGGUCAAGCAGUACCAGGAGCAGGCCAAGUGAAUGUAGUGCCUGGGAUUUUUUAGAGUUUAGCUGAGAACUGCUGCCAUAAAAACAAAAGUGGAUUUUACUAAGUAAGCAGUGAGUUUAUAGUCCUCUCCUGGUUAUCCUAUAGCCUUGGGUUGAUUGGCAGCACACAGAGGCCUCUGUUUGUAGAACAAGCAUAGAUAAAACUUAUUUCAAAGUUUGCCCUUUGUCCCAAAGGAAACGGCUUUGGUCAAAGGCUUUGAUGAAGUCCAGAGCUGAGGAGAGAGAUUUAAGGACCAAAUGUAUCAUGCAGAGCAGCGGGAAGCCCCCUCUCCCCCCCCCAAAAAAAAAUAUUGCUAUUCAUGUUUUUUCUUGCAGAAGUGUUAAGCAGAGCUACCUAUAAAAAUGGAGAUCCAAAAUCUUUAAAAAAAACACACAAAAAAACAAAAACAAAAAAACACCAGAUUGCUCAGGGAGUAAUUAAUAAUUUAAAAACAAUAGUAUACAAAGAAAUUGGAAACAAGUUUUUAAAAUGCCAAUUUUUUAUAGUGUGGCUUAAUCUUAUAGAGAAUAUUGAAGACUGUUACUUUUUGCUCUCUUUUUUUCCUCUUUUAUUUAUUUGUGGGAUUUUUCUUCCGUGGCUUUUUUUUUUUUUUUAACCAUCCUCAUAUUGUUAUCUGAAAUUGAACAGGGAUUUGUUUAUUUUAUUUUAAUUUUUUUUGUCCUUGCACUAGAUAGUUAAUGCUGUUUGAAACUUUUGGGGGUCGGGGUGGGGAGGGACUAGUAAAAGUUGCUAACUGGUUGGGGAAUUGGAAUAGCACUUUUCCUCAUGUGAAUUGUAAAAGAAAUGUGUGGUUUUG